GUGGAGAGCUCCAAACAACGUCACUCAUCACACGACCGCCUCACCACCACACCACGGCCUCUUAAGUCACGCCCCAAUCUCGUGAAAGAUACACAAAUCCAAACUCCCAAUUACGCGACCGCAAUGGCGUCUCGCGUCCUCCGCCCGGCGUUCCGCGCAGCUACCGCGGCCCGCGGCUUUCAGACCAGCGCGGUUUUGAGGGCAGACGCUGUUAUUGCGCCUGUUAGGAAGCCGGUUGGUGCUUUUAGGGGAGGAUUGUUCGGUUUCCUCACCGGAGCGACGGCUUCCGGCGCUGGCAUGUACUACUAUGUCAUCGACGAAUACCGCGUAUCGAACCAGCUUUUGACCGAGGACAUCUACGCUCUGCAGUCUGCGGUACAACGGAUAGAAGGCUACGUCAGGACUCUCGAGGAGAAGGUCGACACAAGGAGGAAGUGAACAUAAGGACAGAUGCAGUAGCAAGCGGCAACUGAACACCGUUCGCGCGAAAAGCAAAUUGCGACAAGAGCGAUGCAUGGGCACACGAGCGCCGGACUGGCAUGUACGGGGCAUGUAUAAUAUAUCCUGGAAUUCUUCUUCUCCAAUCUUUGGUCAACGAUGCGCUGGUAUGGAGAGUUUUCGAAACCUGGCAAAAUGCUACGAGCUUCAUUUCG